GUUGUGCGGCUCUCGGUGCGGAUCGAGCAGAACCGGGUCUCUGCUGAGUCUCUGCGGGUUUCUGGAAGUUUCUCGGCCGACUUGAACUCCGGUGGACCGCGGAGCAGCGCGUCGAGCUCAGGAAACAUCCUCCUGAUGAAGAAGGUUGUUUCUCCUCAUCACAGCAGCAGGUUGCCUCAACAGGUAAAGAGGAGCUGCCAUGUUGGCCUCCUCCGUCCCCCCGUUUCUCCUCCUCAUCCUCCUCAUCCUCGUCCCUGCUGACGCCUCGGUGCAGUGGGUGGAGCUAAAGGGUGCCCCGCUGUCUCACCUGCUGCUGGACCCGGGGGCGGGGCGUCUGUAUGUGGGCGGGGUCGACCACCUGUACCAGCUGACCUCCGACCUGGAGGUGAUGUCACAUGUGAGGACCGGCCCUCACCUGGACUCGCCCGACUGUCUCCCGCCAAUCAUCCCGCAGGACUGUCACUCAGCCACGCCCACGCACAACCACAACAAGCUGCUGCUGCUGGAGGCGGGGCAGGGGGCGGAGCCAGGCAGCCUAAUUGUGUGUGGUUCACUCUACCAGGGAAUCUGCGACAAGAGGAGUCUGUCCAACAUCUCCCAUCUCAUCUAUCAGACGUCUAAUCCUGUCGACACUCAGUACGUCGCUGCCAAUGACCCCAGAGUCUCCACCGUCGCCGUGGUGAUCACCACGAAGAACAAGCAGGAAGGGGGCGGGGCCGGCAGCGUGCUUCGUCUGAUGCUUGUUGGUCGAGGCUACACCAGCAAAGGUCCCGGUGACAUCCCGCCCAUCACGACGCGGCGCCUGUACCCGGUGGUGCCGCCUCGCCGGGCAUUUUCUCAGGAGGAGGAGCUCGGGAAGCUCGUCGUAGGAAGUUACUCCGAGUACAACAACCACUUUGUGAAGGCUGUUGCCCAUGGCAACCACGUAUACUUCCUGUUCUCACGGCGGGACAUGUGGCACAAGAAGGAGUACCGGACGUACGCCUCGCGGCUCUGCACCGCCGACCGCAGCUUCUACUCAUAUGUGGAGGUGCCGCUGCUUUGCCACGGCGGCUACAACCUGGCACAGGGGGCGUGGCUAGGCAACCACUCAGGUAAGCCUGCCCUCUUUGUUGUCAUGGCAGCGGGGCAGGCAUCCACGCCAGUGGCGACGAGUCGCUCUGCGCUCUGCGCCUAUGGGAUGGCAGAGCUGGAUGCCAUGCUGCAGAAAGCACAGGAGGUGUGUUACACCGAGGGAGGCAGGGGCAGCGACGGGAAGGAAGAGGCCUACAUCGAGUACGCCGUGUCGUCGAAAUGUCUGCGACUGCCGAAGCUUGUGUGGCAGGUGUUGGUGCGCUCUGAUUGGUCGGGUCACCUGUACGGCAGCCUGACGGUAGACGACGGCAGCGCUGUCAGCGCAGACCUCCUAUUGGACGAGAGCCAGAAGCACCUUUAUGUUCUGACCAGCAACAGGCUGUCCAGGGUUCCUGUUGCGUCCUGCGAGAGACAGACAGACUGUCAGACCUGUCUGUCUCUCAGAGACCCCUACUGUGGCUGGUGUGUCCUGGAGGGAAGAUGUUCCCGUAAACAUCAGUGUCAGCGUCACCAGCAGCCCAACCAUUGGCUGUGGAGCUUCGAACCGACCAAUCAGUGUGUGACCGUGCAGAGCCUGCAGCCGGCCAAUCAGAGCAGAGAAGAGCAGACACAGGUAACGCUGUCAGUCAUCCAACUUCCUGCACUCACGAGGGCGGAGUCUCUGUCCUGCGUCUUUGGGCUCCUCCCACCUCAGCCGGCCGUCGUCAUGGGAACCAGCAUCACCUGUCAGUCACCUGCGCCGGAGCUCCUCCCCUCCAUGCCAACAGGAAGCGAUCACAUGAUCCUUCCCGUGUCACUCAUGUUUGGUCAUGUGACCAUCACCACGGGCAACAUGACCUUCUAUGACUGCAGCGCCGUGAGUCGACUGAACCAGAGCUCCCAGUGUCUGUCCUGUGUCAGCAGUAUCUGGAGGUGUAACUGGUGUCCUCUGGAUCAACUGUGUACUCACAACCACAGCUGUCCUCACCAACACAUCAUCCUGAACCAGAGGGUGUUGCCUGUCUCCGGUCCUUUGGAGGGCGGAGUCCUGGUGACAAUCACGGGGUCGAACCUGGGCAUGAGGUACGAGGACGUGGUGGGCGGAGUCACAGUGGCAGGUGUCCAGUGUCUGCCUCAACCUGAAGGAUACCUGAUCUCCACCAGGGUUGUGUGUGAGCUGCAGCCCAGUGGGAAGCAGAAGGAGGGGCCAGUCCUGGUUACCGUGGGAACAACUCCACCUGGGAGGUCAAUGCAGACGUUCACGUAUCAGGACCCUCAGCUGCUGGACCUGGUUCCUGAUAAAGGUCCAGUUUCUGGAGGAACCAGACUGACCAUCCGAGGCCGACAGCUGUUGACAGGACAAACGUCUGACCUGAGUGCCUUCGUGGGCUCCCAGCCUUGCUACAUUGUGGACGAGGUGAAUGACACCCAGCUGGAGUGUCGAACUGGUCCCAGUAAUCGGACCGGUGGCGCCCCGGUUCGUGUUUUCUUUGGUAAAGCUGAGCGGACCGUCCCAGACGUCUCCUUCCGUUACCUUGACGACCCCAUCAUCACCGACGCGGCGCCAGCAGAGAGCUUCUACGCUGGCGGCCGCAUCAUCAUGGUGACGGGCAGGAACCUGGACGUGGUGCAGCAGCCAAUCAUAUCCGUGUGGGUGGAGCCUGUGGAGGUCCAGAGAGUGAAACGGAGGAGACGAUUGGCUCUGCUCACCGCCAAGCAGCAGCUGGUCUUCAACAGCACCAUGACAACAGUGUCGGAGCGCUGCUCUGUCCAGUCGUCCUCUCAGAUGACCUGUCCCUCCCCCACCGUGUCCCCCGACGUCAAAGUUAAAGGCAUAUGGUUCCAGCUGGACAACGUCAGAGUCCACUAUGAGAGCAUCAAGGGUAAAAGCUUCACCUACUAUCCAAACCCGGAGUUCUUCCCUCUGAACCGAGAAGCUCCAGAUGCUCCGUAUCGGUUCAAACCUGGAGGAGUCAUCGCCGUGGAGGGCCUGGACCUGACCAGAGCCAUGUCACGGCAGGAGGUCACGGCUCGGCUCGGGGACCAGCAGUGUCAGGUGAAGACUCUGGACAGCACUCACCUGUACUGUGAGCCUCCAGAGGUUCAGCCAAUCAGUGUGGAGGACGGCAGGGAGCUGCCCAGUCUGAAGGUGUUCAUGGGGAACCUGCAGGUGGACCUGGGAUUGGUUCAGUACGACAGUGACUCUCUGCUGUCUCCCGUCCCAUUGGCUGCUCAGAUCGGUUUGGGGGCAGGAGCAGCUGUCAUCAUCCUAUCGGUGCUGGUCGUCAUCCUCAUGUACAGGAGGAAAAGUAAACAAGCUCUCAGAGAUUAUAAGAAGGUUUUGCUGCAGUUGGAAACUCUGGAGAUCAACGUAGGAGAUCAGUGCCGCAAAGAGUUCACAGACCUGAUGACAGAGAUGAUGGACCUGAGCAGUGAUGUUGGAGGACCAGGACUCCCCCUGCUGGACUACAGGACUUAUGCAGAGAGGGUGUUCUUCCCCGGGCAGCAGGUGGCACCGCUGAGCCGCCAGCUGGACCUGCCAGAGUCCCGGAGGCAGACGGUGGAACAGGGUCUCCAGCAGCUGAACAACCUGCUCAACAACAGACUCUUCCUCACCAGGUUCAUCCACACUCUGGAGGCUCAGCAGGGCUUCUCUCAGAGGGACCGAGGCUACGUGGCCAGCCUGCUCACCAUGGCUCUGCACGACAAGCUCGAGUACUUCACCGAGGUCAUGAAGAGUCUGCUGCAGGACCUGGUGCAGCAGUACGUGGCCAAGAACCCCAAACUCAUGCUGCGCCGCACAGAGACAGUUGUUGAGAAGAUGCUGACCAACUGGAUGUCCAUCUGCCUCUACUCCUUCCUGAAGGAGGUGGCGGGGGAGCCUCUCUACAUGCUCUACAGAGCCAUAAAGUACCAGGUGGACAAAGGGCCGGUGGACGCCGUGACAGGAAAAGCCAAGCGGACGCUGAACGACAGUCACCUGCUGCGAGAGGACAUCGACUACUGUGCCAUGACUCUGACAGUGUUGGUAAAGAACGGCGUUGAGGUCCAGCCAUGUCCUGUCAAAGUGCUCGACACCGACACCAUCACACAGGUGAAGGACAAGAUCCUGGAUCAGGUGUACAGGGGAGCUGCGUUCUCUCAAAGACCUGCAGCCGACAGUCUGGACCUUGAAUGGCGUUCAGGUCAGGCGGGUCACCUGACCCUGUCGGAUGAUGAUGUCACAGCGGUGGUUCAGGGUCGCUGGAAACGACUCAACACUCUGCAGCACUACAAGGUUCCAGAUGGAGCCACAGUUGCUCUGAUUCCUCGUUCUCAGAGUUCAGGGGGAGUUGGAGUCAACCAGGUGUUCCAGACAGGAGAGAAAACACCGAUGCUGGAGGGGGAGGAGGAGGAGGGACUGCGUCUGUGGCACCUGGUGAAGAGCAGCGAAGAUCCUGAAAUCCCCAAACACAGGAAGAGCAGCAUGAGGGAGCGAGAGCGGGCCAAGGCCAUACCUGAGAUCUACCUGACCAGGCUGCUGUCCAUGAAGGGGACGUUGCAGAAGUUUGUGGACGACGUCUUCGUGGCAAUCCUCAGUACGAAACGUCCUCCUCCAAUCGCCGUCAGGUUUUUCUUCGACUUCCUGGAUGACAUGGCCGAGAAACACGGAAUCGACGACCCGGAGACCGUCCACAUCUGGAAGACCAACAGUCUCCCUCUCAGGUUCUGGGUGAACAUCUUGAAGAACCCUCAGUUUGUUUUGGACGUUCAGGUGACCGACAGCAUCGAUGCCGUCCUGUCGGUCAUCGCUCAGACGUUCAUCGACUCCUGCACCACCUCGGAGCACAAAGUGGGCCGGGACUCUCCUGUCAACAAGCUGCUGUACGCCAGAGAGAUACCCCGAUACAAGCAGCUGGUGGAGAGGUACUACAGUGACAUCCACAGCGCUGCCUCAGGCUGUUAUCAGGAGAUGAACUCGACUCUGACUGAACUGUCCGGGAGUUUCGCUUCAGAGAUGAACAAUCUUGUUGCUCUCCAUGAACUCUACAAGUACAUCAACAAAUAUUAUGAUCAGGUCAUCAUGUCUCUGGAGGAGGACAGUUCUGGUCAGAAGAUGCAGCUGGCGUAUCGGCUGCAGCAGGUCGCUGCCCUGGUGGAAAACAAAGUCACUGACCUCUGAUGACCUCUGACCUGCUGAGAGUGAUGAAGCAGUAAUCUGAUUGGACGGCUGUGGCACUGUGUCUUCCUGCUGUGGGUGUGUGUGUGUGUGUGUGUGUGUGUGUGUGUGUGUGUGUGUGUGUGUGUGUGUGUGUGUGUGACAUACGAGGUUAUUAUAGUCAGACUCAGGAGAUCCCAAGUCUUAGAUUCCUUCACACAGCAGCAGUUAAACAGAUGUAGGACUAACGUUGGACUAACGUUGGACUAACGUUGGACUAACCCAAACCCUGACACCAGCUUGUGGUGCACAUUGACAAUCUAACCAAUCAGAUCAGGGAACAUCGUCGUCACCUGCUGCCUUGCACUACGUUUCCCAGAAUUCCCUGCUGUCCUGCUGUCUGUUAGUCAAAAAGCACAAUUAAAAAUUCUGAUCACAUGUAUUGAUUAUUGAUCUGCUGAGCCCAGACGAGCUGUUUUGUAUUUUUGCCUUUUCUACUGAAACCAGCAGCUCUGACUCUGACGAUCUCUGAAUGCAAUAACAGAAUCAGAACCCAAAUCGGAAUCAGGGAGCGUUUACAUCAGUGUGACUCUGGUUUCUGACCAUGUCUCAGCAGCGCCAGUCCUCCCAGUCCUCCCAGUCUUCCUCACAUCCAGGUCGAGUCCGGGUCGACUCACCAGUGUUCUCAGGUCUGUAUGAAUACAGGUUUUUGAUUUGAAUUGAUUGGCUUAAUGACGUCUGCUGACACGAGGAGACGGAACCAGAUUCAGACAACAGAACUUCUUUAGAUGGAGUCUGGAUCUGUUCCUCACAUGUCCACUCGUGCAUAGCAACCAGGACAGAACCUCAGACCGAACAGUUCCAAAGAAGGAACUCAAGCAUUAGGCAGCGUUCCACUGCAGGAACCCUGCUCAGCUGUGAGGUGGAACGUUCCAAGGAUCAGCUUGGUUCUGGUUCCUUUCAGUCUUUCUGUUCCACUGUAGCUCCAACAGCUUUAACAUGAACUCAGAGUGACCAGAACAAACUGUAGCUACACAGAAGAUAAAGGUCCAAACGGGAGCCAACAAUGGUUCUUUGCAGUGAUGUCACAGAAAGCACCUGUUUAGUUCCACAAAGAAGCUUUUAGCAAGAGGUUCUUCAAAGAACUCCUAAAGGCUGGUUCCUGUAGACACCAUAAUGUUUGCUUCAAAGAACGUUUGUAAAAAUAGGUUCCUUCAGGAACUACUUUCCAGAGAGUUCUUUGUGGACCCACUUGGUUCCUAUUUUGAUAACAGAACUUGAUAAUCAUUUAGGUCAUUUUGCUGGAGUCACCAAAGAACUCUGAUAAACAUGAAGAACUUUUACAGAACCACAUAAAGUAGGUGAAGAACGUGUGGUGCUCAGGCCACACAGCUGGAGGUUUUAGGUCACUUCCUGUCACAUGAUCAGACUCUUGUGUCUGACUGGUCCAGACAGACGUCAUCACAGUCAGUCAGUUGAAGCACGAAUAAAUUUUUCAAUUUGAAAUGAAGUCUUUAUUGUUUAGUCGUGAACUGAAGCUGCCAGAUGUUGCUGUGGCUGUCGGCUCACUGAGCAGCUUACGACAACCGGGACGGACGUGUUGAGCAGAAACUGGAAUCACACUGAAACAUUAAAACCUGCUGAACAACGACGAGCUGAUGAAAACAAUCUGUGGGCGGAGCUAAAGUGUGUGUGUCUGUGUGUGUUAGCUAGUUACUAACUUAUUGUGUGUACAUACUGUAAGUCCUAUUUAUACUUAUUUAUCCCAGCUGUGCCUUCACUCUUGCAGCUUGGUGGCGCUGUCUCUCUGACAGCAGGCGUAUUGAUCAUAUCCCGGUGCAUCAUGGGAAGAUUAAAUAAUUUUAGAACCAGAAACAUCAACAUACUGGAACGCUGAGAGCAGCUCAGAACAAGCCCAGACUGGGUGGACGAGACAAACAGCGAACCCAGUUCUAGUUUAACUUUGUUGUAGUUUCCAGCUCUGAUGUGCUGAACUGUCCGACAGGCUGAAUACAAACUGUCCUCACCUGACAGAAGAACCAGCAAUAACAGGAAUUAGACCCAGUCAGACUGAGUUCGAUGAUCCAGAUUUACACAUAUCAGCCUCUGUGAAGCAGCGCCGGUCAACAGGGUCACAAUCCAAACAAUUUACCGAAUCGACCGGCCGACGCCUGUCAGGACGUUUGGAUUCAGCCUGAGAUUAUCUGCUGUGUCUCCACGGCGACCAUGUCGUUGUAGCUGUUGUGUUGUCCUGAUCUCUGUGGACGACACUGUUCACCCGUGACUGAUAGUACACGUUCUGAACUGUUCUAGACCUUGGACUAUUCUAUACUUUCCUAGACCAACCUGGACCUUCCUGAAUUGCCCUGAUCUGUUCUAGACCUGUCUUGACUGCUUCGGACCUUCCUAGAACUUUCCGGACCCUCUUUGGCUGUCGUAGACCUUCCUUGAUGAUCCUGGACUGUUAUGGACCCUCCUUAACUGUUUUAGACCUUCUUUGACUGUUCUGGGUGAUUCUAGACCUGCCUUGACUGCUCUGGGCCUUCCUAGACCGUCAUGGAACCUCCUUGACUGUCCUGGACCGUCCUUGGUGGUCCUGGACUGUUAUGGACCCUCCUUGACUGUUUUAGACCUUCCCGGACUGUUCUGGUAUGGUCUAAACCUGUCGUGACCUGUCUUGACCAUCCUGGACAUCCCUGGACUCUCUCGAAUGUUCUAGACCUUCCUGGCUUGUUCUGGAUGGUUCUAGACCUGCUUGACUGUCUUGGAGCCUCCUGGACUGUUCUAGACCCUCCUUGACCUCUCAGAACUUCUCGGACUGUAAUUGACCCCCCCUCCCGGUCCCUCUUGGACUUGUGCUGUGUGUAAAUGGACUGUGGCUGGACUGAACCCAGCAGACACUAAGCAGCCAGACUCCGACGGUGCUCUGCUGCAGAACUGAAACAGAACCAGAAUACUGAUCAGGUCCUCUUGCUGGACUGAACCAGACCAUGAACCGGGUCUGUGGUAGACUGAUCCAAAUCGUGGUCCUCCUGCUGGACUCUUCUUUUUCUCUCCUGAUAUUGGGACUGUGUUUUGCCUUGCGUGUUUUUGAGCCUGUGUUCGACCCGUAGUCGUAGUUCUUUCAGAUUAAAUUCUGCAUGCGUGUGAUGAUGAUGACGAUGAUGAUGAUGGUGCUUCUUCUACAUAAUUUUCUUUGUUUAUUUUUAAAGAUGAGGGGCGGGGCUUAACCUCUGCUGUGUCACCGAUGAUGCGAAUGUCACCUGACCUGAGUGCAGUUGGAUCCUGAGCUCUGAUUGGUCGAGCUCUGUUUGUUACUGCAUCAUUUUUCUACAAGGGAAUAAAAGUUUAAUAAAAUAAUCAGGAUCAGCGUGACAAAGCUUUUCUACUGACUGUGUACAGUUUGCUAACAGUGUGUAAAUGUGCCUGUAAAUACUGUCUGAUGAUGAUGAUGAUGAUGAAGGCGAUGAAGGUCUGCAAUGGAAAUGUGCUUUUAUUGUGAAAAGGCAGGAGGCCAAACACAGUUUGUAUGAUGUAAAAAUAAAAUUUUAAUUUUAACACGUC